AGUCCAUGAAUGCAACGCUGUAAUCAAGCAGUCUGGAUUCUUCACACGGCGUCUCUCUGCGGCCAUGGUAACACUUUCUGGACCUCUGAUUCAAAAAACAAACACAAAUAAGUGCUUUUCAUGCAGCUGUUAUUCAGCAUGAAUUUGGCAGACAUAUGUGACAACGCCAAGAAGGGCCGUGAGUAUGCUUUACUGGGGAACUAUGACUCCUCCAUUGUGUACUACCAGGGUGUCAUUCAACAGAUCCACAAGCACUGUCAGUCACUCAGGGACCCUGCACUUAAAGUCAAAUGGCAACAGGUCAGGCAGGAACUCACAGAGGAGUAUGAGCAGGUGAAAGGCAUCAUAGGAACCCUUGAGAGCUUUAAGUCAGAGAAGCCAGUUGACAUCCUUGCCCCUCAUUCCGAGGAGAGACCCGAGGAUCCAGCAAUAUGGCCCCCUCCCACCCCCGCAGAACACAGGAAUCCUGUUGCAGUAAAGCGCCCCAACAGUGCAGUGAAGCAGCAGAGGAAGGACUCCCCUGGUCUGCAGCAUCGAGGGGCAGUGUCAGGAGGUCGCGGUCAGGCCAACCCUAAACCGGACCGGCCAGGACCCAGAGGCACAAAAGCCAAAGAUGAUAAGGGAAAGAAAGGGGUUGGUGAUGCACCAGGGGAUGUAGAGCAGAAGAAGUUUGAUGGCACGGGAUAUGACAGCGACCUGGUGGACUCACUGGAGAGAGAUAUUGUGUCCCGUAACCCUAACGUACACUGGGAAGACAUUGCUGAUCUGGAAGAUGCAAAGAAGCUACUCAGAGAAGCAGUGGUUUUGCCCAUGUGGAUGCCUGACUUCUUCAGAGGCAUUCGUCGCCCCUGGAAGGGUGUGUUAAUGGUUGGCCCUCCCGGGACAGGGAAGACGAUGUUAGCCAAAGCUGUGGCCACAGAAUGUGGGACUACUUUCUUCAACGUGUCCUCCUCCACCCUCACCUCCAAAUACAGGGGCGAGUCCGAAAAACUUGUUCGUCUGCUGUUUGAAAUGGCCCGGUUUUAUGCACCAACAACCAUCUUCAUAGACGAGAUUGACUCCAUCUGUGGCAGAAGAGGAACAUCUGAUGAACAUGAAGCCAGCCGCAGGGUCAAAUCAGAACUUCUGAUUCAGAUGGAUGGUGUGGGGGGAGCUCUGGAGAAUGAUGACCCCUCUAAGAUGGUGAUGGUUCUCGCUGCCACCAACUUCCCAUGGGACAUCGACGAGGCGUUACGACGGCGGCUGGAGAAGCGGAUCUAUAUCUCCCUGCCAACAGCUGUGGGUCGUGUAGAGCUCCUAAAGAUCAACCUGAGGGAGGUGGAGGUUGCUGCUGACGUGGACCUGGACCUCAUUGCUGAGAAGAUUGAGGGCUACUCUGGAGCAGACAUCACCAACGUCUGCAGGGAUGCGUCCAUGAUGGCAAUGCGCCGUCGAAUCCAAGGCCUGAGCCCAGAGGAGAUCCGAGCUCUGUCCAAAGAUGAACUGCAGAUGCCUGUGACCAUGGAGGACUUCACCCUCACGCUCAAGAAGAUCUCCAAGUCUGUCUCUGCAGCCGACCUGGAAAAAUAUGUAGCCUGGAUGGCUGAGUUUGGGUCAGUAUAGAGAAUGCUUAGACCCAGAGGGACCAGAACCAAGAGGACUUGCAGCUUUGAAAAUGAUGAAAGCCUUGAAGAGGAGGGACUUGGGAGUGUAUGUCACAGAGCUGAGUGAUCUCUUGUUUGUGCAACAGGCUGCACAUCAGGGAUCAAGAUGAUACAUGGGCUCAAGUUCACAUCAGAAGACUGGUGCCUUUGAGAGAGCAUGAUGAGAACUUCCACUGACUCCACUCCUGCCCUUUCACAUAUUCUCCCUGUCCUUGUAGAGACAGUCCAUCCUUAAGAGACUUGAGGAAGAACGGGGGGGAACAUCUCUCACACAGGGAACCAUUUGAUGUGAAAGCCUAAUCGACAUAGGUAGACUAGGGAAUCCACAUAAUUUACACAUUAGGCCUCUUGCAAGAACAUUUUCGUAUCUUUAACCUUUAACUGCACAAACUUUAAGUAAAUUGCCCGUUUCAACCUAGCAAGCACCACCUGUUUACAAGUCGAUGAAUGAUUGUGUCAUCAAUUGGAUUAUCAACUGCCCUAAAAUUGCCAUACAAGAGUUCUUGUUCUGCUCAAUUUGUGGGCAAGUUUCAUUUAAAAAAUGUUAGAGCUUCUCAUCCUGCUGUCAUAAAUCAGCAGCCGAGAACAUAAUAUGUUUGGAGGUGUAAGUAGUGGUGUAGGGAGACCCGAAACAAUUAGAAAAUGUUAUUGCAGCAGAGGGAUUAAGACAUGUUAGACUAUCAGGUGCACCGGUGUAAGAUAAUUAUCCAAACAAGUACUGAAUUGUUUAGGUUGCCACUCCAAAAUAUGCUUAUAACACCUACAAAGUAUUAAUUUUGCAUAAAGUCUGUUUUAGUUAUUAAUUUUAGGAUGGUUGGAUUCUGUAACAUAGUUAAACUGCAAAUUCAUUCAGAUUAAGGCAUUAAAACAACGACUUUCUGGCAAAUCCAUCAAGUUCUGUUAAAUCACGUGUACGUGCCACUUAAGAACAAAUCCGUACUUGUGAUUCUUGCAAGAGGCCCUUUGUCUUAAAGAACUGUACGUUUGAGCACUUUUAAUGUGUUUCCUUCAGGAGCCCAUGUACUUACUACUGACUGAACACACUUGAAGACAUGUCUGUGUUUUGUAGUGAACAAUUAUGUGUUUUGUGAUUGUAUUUUUUUGUUGUUGAUUUUAAUAUUUGUUUUCAAUUUUAUUUUGUUUUAGUUCUGUUGAGACAAACAAAUGUAGUCAAGAUACAAGACACUUGGAUUGUUUAUUAAAGGUUACAGUUAAUUCUCUUCUAAAACCUCGCCUACUCAGUGGUUCCUGUAUUUUAUGAAAUAUAUUAAAUUGAUCACCCUAAACUGAGUCAGGUUAUGUCUUGCAUUCAAGGAGCGUGCGUUGAUUGUUGAAAGUGUCCAUCUGGGAUUCAUCAGACUCUUCAGUAUUCAGAGUCAUCCUUAAGGUGGAGAAAGAUGGUGAGUUGAGCAACAAGAUGACUACAUUGUGAACUAGUGAUAAAUGCGAUCCAAUGUUUUGCCGUACUAGGUUUACUUUUUAAGUUUAGGCUGCCUUUAGUGUUAAGGGCAUCCUGCUUAGGACAAAUAAUAAACCUCUAAAAGCUGCA